AUGCUUGUAAGUCUCAAAGUGCUACCCCAUGUGGAUGACCGUGUGCCCUUAUCCCAGGACACUAACAUUGGUAUAGUAAAACGAAGAUUCAUCCGCCAGAACCGCGAAAUAGCACGGGUGAACUCGAACCAGUCACAGCGUAUUCGCAACCUUGAGAUUGAGAUCUCCCGGGUAAUAGCCGAGAAUGCUACACUACGACAACAAGUUAUUGCGGCGCAGGCCGAGGCGGAGCGAUGGCAACAAACGAACGGCGUAAACCACGAGAUCCUGGAGCUGAAGGACCGCUUGGAGAGGAAACUGAAGGAUGUGGUGGAACUCGUUGGUGAGAUGACCGAAAUUCCAGCAAAAUCCAUGACGAGCAGGCACAGCCGGAGGAGAAGUAGAGUGGAUAAUCUAAAUACGCUCAGUGAGACCGAUUGGAAGAACAGGUCAGCUAUGAGGGAGCUUUCAGCCAAGGAGAGAGGCGACGGACUUGAUGGGCGAUUGCCCAGUAUACUCGAAAAUAAAACGUACCCGAGACGAAGUCUGGAAGUUGCAGAGGUGGUGGCAUUGAAGGAUGAAGCAGUCAUGCAGGACUCUACCGAGUCGCCGGAUUUGGGUCCACCACCUGUUGCACACUUGGAUGUUCAAGAGCCGAUCACAUUCAAUGCAUCGAGGUCGUCUGGACAGGAAGUCACGGACGAAGUCUCGCAGCUUCCUUCCACAUUAGAGAGGAGGAGAAGGCGAAGGACAAGCGCUCUGCUACAGGACAUGCCAAGAGAGGACGAAGCUGCCGAACAGCAACUUGUCGAAGCAGCCCCUCCUCAGCUACUAAAGGUUGGAGCGAAGCGAAAAUUAGAGGCCUCGGAACUUGAGGAACCACUCAGUCGACAAUCUAGGGAGAGUGAUGAGUUCAUUUUUCAACGGAGGCGCGAAAAUGUCAGUGGGCUCGCUGGAGGGAGGAAAACAUCCCGAUUCGCACGGCCACCAGGGCGCGAAAAUGAUCCCGCAGUAGGAACCACAACGUUGUCGCCAGAGAAGAUCAUCGCACCUAGAAAGAUACUUGCACCCAAGACCACAAACUCUCCUGCAAAAAGAAAGGUGCAAAUUCCCGAGAAGCUCGUUGCCCUUGAGGAUUCUCGAGAGGUCCGCAUGGAUCAAGAACCCGUUAAACCAUCCAGGAGAACCAAGAUUCCCCCAGCACUAGGAAAGCGAGUAGACUCCGACCCUUUGUCACAAGAUCUAAGGACAGACGAUCUCCAGCCUAAAACGCCUGCAUUUUUGAGCGAAGAUAUGUUCUCACCUGUCUCGACAGAACCAUCAGCCCGCACUACACUUCAAAAAACAGAAGCGGCUGUCCUCAACUCUGUGGAAGAUGUCCUUAACGGUAGCAUUGGUCGUGGUUCACGUCGAGCAAGAGCUGCCAUUAGCUAUGCCGAGCCUAGCCUGAGAGAUAAGAUGAGAAGGCCCGGCAAAGAGUUGGUUGGUGCUGUAGAAGGACUGGACAAGAAUAGAGAGAUGUCAAUUUCUCAUUCUAGAGCAACCAGCCUGGACCGAGCUCGAUCGGAUGGCGAAGGUGAAGACCUGGCAAAAAUCCCUGUCAAUGUCAAACGGGAAAGUAGUGGUUUGGCAGAAGACAGGUGGAAAGAACUGCCACACGCAAGCAAGAAAGAAGAGCCUGCCAGCCCGCUGAGAGAUAAAGAGCGAGGUGAGAAGGUCCGCGAGGCACAUUGCUACGCCAAUUCCAGGAGAGACGCUGCUUACGUUCGAGACAGCUCUAAGAAGUCUCCCUCGUCGGCCUCAGUCACAACCCAAGAUAAUAUAUACGCAGAGGACUUGGAAAACGCGGUCGACAGGUUGAGCAUUUUCGACCCACCGGUAUCCUCUCCGCUAGAUGAUCCCAAAAGCCCGGCCGGCAGAGAACAGAUCAAAGUGGUAACAACCGCAGCAGGCUCGAAACGCAAGACUCCUGCCACUGCUUCAUCGGCGCUUCUCAGUAGGAGGCAUUCCAUCCAGCCUUCUUCGUCCUUGUCCAACCUCAGCGAGGAAGCUGGGAAAAGCGGCAGGCUGACGGGAACGUCUGUCCCUCCACGGCCAAACUCAGCCGCUACUCUGCGCAACGAGUCUUCCGCGGCUGCUGGUGUUGGAGGAGGGCUCAAGCGAUCUGGCAGCGCCGUUGGUUCCCUGCGAAAUGCUAGGAGCAAUGGGUCUCGGCACGACGGUGGGAAUUCAAUCGCUGAUCGGGAAUCCGCUGGUACUGCCGCUGUUGAUGGCAGAGCUGAGAGAACCGCGAUGACGAGACGGAGAAGUAUGAUGGUCUAA